GAGGCACAGAGAAAGACGGAGAGGGAGGGUGUGAGGCUGGAAGUGUGUGAGCAGAGAGAGAGAGUGAAAGAGAGCGAGAGCAAGAGAGAGGGAGAGAGAGAAACAGCAGUGUGUGUGAGAGGUUGAAGGAUCACUUCAAUCCCGUCUUGUUUUUGGGGGAGACUAACCUUGUUCAUCUGAAGCAUUGUCGGACUGUUUUAUGUUGUUGUUGUCGAGAGAGACGGACCCUUACUCCAGCAUGCUCACUGAGCCUGAGCUACCUCAGGAGUGUAACAGGAUGUCUUCCAAGCGACCAGCCUCUCCAUAUGGGGGGACAGAUGGAGAGGUAACCAUGGCAACCAGCAGACAGCGAGUGGAGGACGAGGAGAGCGAGGGACCGGGCGGUGUCAUCCACCUCCCUCUGGCCUCCUACUGCGGAAAGGUGUCCCCUCACUCUCCCCCCAGCCGCCACUUGGAUAGCCCCCCCAGCACGGAGCACGAUGGCAUCAAGGGGAGCUCUCUGAGUCCUUACCCACAGCACAACGCUACCUCACCAGGCAAAGAGGAGGGCGGAGGCGGGGGGAGACCCUGCAGCGACGGCGGCUCGGCAACCGGCACCCUGGGGACCCCCGAGAGACGCAAGGGCAGCCUGGCGGACGUCGUGGACACGCUGAAGCAACGCAAGAUGGAGGAACUGAUCAAAAACGAGCCAGAAGAGGCCCCCAGCAUUGAGAGGCUGUUGUCAAAGGACUGGAAGGAUAAACUUUUGGCCAUGGGCUCAGGGCACAUCGGAGAAAUUAAAGGUACCCCAGACAGCCUGGCGGAGAAAGAGCGCCAACUCAUGGGCAUGAUUGGCCAGUUGAGCAGCCUGAGGGAGCAGCUUCUGGCGGCGCACGAGGAGCAGAAGAAGCUGGCCGCCUCACAAAUGGAGAAGCAGAGGCAGCAGAUGGAGCUGGCCAAGCAGCAGCAGGACCAGAUUGCCCGGCAACAGCAGCAGCUUCUGCAGCAGCAACACAAAAUCAACCUCCUGCAGCAACAAAUCCAGCAGGUCCAGGGCCAGCUCCCUCCACUGAUGAUUCCCGUGUUUCCUCCUGACCAGCGGACCCUGGCGGCCGCCGCAGCCCAGCAGGGCUUCCUGAUGCCCCCUGGCUUCAACUACAAGCCUGGCUGCAGUGACCCCUACCCUCUCCAGCUCAUCCCCACAACAAUGGCCGCCGCCACGCCCGGCCUGGGGCCCCUGCAGCUACAACAGUUGUACGCAGCUCAGCUGGCGGCCAUGCAGGUCUCCCCGGGGACGAAGCAGCACGGUGGCAGCCUCGCGCCCCAAGCCAACCUGGGCGCUCACUCCCCACCCACCAACUCACAUCCACAGGGCGACAAGAACCGCAGCUCCCCACCUUCAAACAAAAACAAGGACAGUGAGGGUGCACAGCCACUGAACCUGUCGGCCAAGCCUAAGGCAUCCGAGAGCAAGUCACCCAACUCCCCCCCAACUUCCCCACAGGUUCCCGCUGCCGCUGCCGCCACCACCAAGCUGGGUCCCGCCGGCUCCGUGAAGCACAGCGCCGUGCCCUCCAGCAUUGGAGCGCCGUCCACCAGAGUCAGCUCAAUAGCAGACUUGUUGUCUUCGUUGUCGUCGACAGCCUACCUGAACGACCACGAGGCGGUGAGCAAGGCCUUCGCCGAGGCCCGGCAGAUGAAGGAGCAGCUGAAGGGGGAGCAGCAGGCCCUGGACGCCAAGAUGGCCUCCGUCAGCAACCUCAGCCUCAACAACGGCCGCUCCGACAAGGACAAAGCUGCCUUGGAGAGUUUGAGUCAGCAGCUGAAGCAGCAGGCCGACGACAAGUUCAGCCACGCCAUGCUGGACUUCACCAUGAGUGGAGACUCCGACGGAUCCCCCAGCGUGUCCGACUCCAGAAUAUUUCGGGAAACGCGUGGCAGGAACAACAACGAGCCGCACAUUAAGCGGCCGAUGAACGCCUUCAUGGUUUGGGCCAAGGACGAGAGGCGGAAGAUCCUCCAGGCCUUCCCAGACAUGCACAACUCCAACAUCAGCAAGAUCCUCGGUUCGAGGUGGAAAGCCAUGACCAACCUGGAGAAGCAGCCUUACUACGAGGAGCAGGCUCGCCUCAGCAAGCAGCACCUGGAGAAAUACCCGGACUACAAGUACAAGCCGCGGCCCAAACGCACCUGCCUGGUGGACGGCAAGAAGCUGCGCAUCGGCGAGUACAAGGCCAUCAUGAGGUCCCGCAGGCAGGAGAUGAGACAAUACUUCAGCGUAGGGCAGCAGGGCCAGCUGCCCUUAUCCUCUGCAGGCAUGGUCUACCCAGGUGCCCUUUCAAUGGCAGGGAUGCCCUCCCCCCAGAUGCCCUCAGAGCACUCAAGUAUGUCCAGCAGCCCAGAGCCCAACGCCAACCACCACCAGAACCCCCACAUGCCCGGACUGAAGGGGGACGAGACACGGAUCAAGGAGGAGGAGCUGCGGCUAGACGACAGCAACGGUGACGUGUACGAUGAUUUUGACUACGAGGACGAAGAGGCCGACUACGCCAGCGACAACGACAACCAUAUCCCCCAUUAAGGCGGCACCGGUCACUGCCGGUGGCGCUCUAAAGACCCUAAACACAUCAGUCAGGAAGAGGAGUUUGUAUUUCGCCAAUCACCUCCAGUUUAAAAGAUAAAAACACCUCCCAUCCCCUCUUCUCCUGACUAACACGGACUCUUUCGGCAGAGCCAGCUCCCCUUCCCCUCCCACUGGAGUCCUGAUACCAGCAUCUGAUCAAUCAAUGGAAGCACAGGACCUGUCACUCACACUGACUGUUACACAUGCUGGAGUCUGGGAGGAAGCCAGUUUAAAGCUCACUGAGGAAUAUUCAAGUACUACUGCGAGAGUGUGAUGCCACAAGUGAGAAGACGUUUAUAAAAAUCAACCCUUUUCAGUCCGAUCUGGAGGGAAAGGAGACAUUUUAAACUGAAAAACUAAAACAGCGGACCUGUCAAAGGCUAACAGAUGACACUUUAGGACGGCGGACCUGUUUAUUAUCAAGAGACACUUUUAAGAAACAGCUUUUUUUGUUCUUUGGUUCUAUAAUAUUCUCACUCAGGUACACGGUGCCAAUAAGUGGCUUGUGAAUGUGAUUUGUUGUUUUUUGUGCUACAAGUUUGAAUAAUAGAAAAAAAGAGACUUUUCUUUUUUUUCCCCUCCCUUUUGUUGUAAAGCACCUGAAAGACAUCAGACCUUUAUUUUUAACCGAAUCCUCAGCCUAGCGGUGUGCUAUCGGUGCCUCCACUCGCCUCUCUUUCUCUCCCGCCACCGCUCAGGGGGAGGAGACAGAGGGGACCCGAUCGAGGGGGGGGAGGUGUCCCGGAGAGGAAUCGAAAGCACUGUGUUUGUGAGACAAUCCACGAGUUUUCUUCUCACUCCGUCCCUCCUGUCUCCAUCUCGAUAUCGUGUAGGGCAAAAAAAAAAAAGUUAAAAAAUCAUCAUCAGCACGACUUCUCCUGAAACAUCCGACAGGUGCGCGUCGGUGUGUGUUGCUUACAGCACUUUUGUUUUUGGUUUAGAGCAACAACAAAAAAAAAAAGGCGCUAAAACAAAAUCUUGAAGGAUAAGAAACUUGUUCUGCUGCUGUUAAUGCGCUGUAACACACACACACACACACACACACACACACACACACACACACACUCUCUCUCUCUCUCUCUCACGCACACACACACAGAAAGCUAUUGUUGUGUCUAAGUGUUUUCUGCUCCCUCCAAUCAACGUCGUCCUGCUGUAAGCCAGUGGGUGGAGCCGGAGUGCAGUCAGUGUUUCUGUAUUUUAUUAUUAUUUUUUCUUUAAAACUGCCUCUAGUCUAAUAUUAUUAUUAUUAUUAUUAUUAACCAUAAUUAAGAGGAUGGUCAGCGUUUCCUGAGUUAAGUAAGUUAUGUACAGUAUAAUUUAUUUUUCUCCUCCUUAUCAGGUUUUUGUGCCCGUAUGAAACGGUCACUGAAACAUUAUUCUAUUUAGCUGGUAGGAUUUAGAUUUAAGCAGAAGUUGUUCUUUUACCUUGCUUUGUUUUUGUUUGUUUGUCUUUCUUUUCCCCUCCUAAAUCUGUUUUGACUUGUAUUAACCCCUGCGGACGGAUGUGUGGCUCAGUUAGGACAGCGAGCUCCUCUAAAGACGCUGAAGACUUUUUUUUUUUUAUGUCCAUGCCCAUUUCUACGAAGCACUCAGACUCUCUGCAGUCAGAGAUAAAGAACAUUAAUAUUUUUUAUUAUUGUUAUAAUUUUAUUUGUAAUGAUUAUCACCAUGUACAAUGUGAAGGUUUCCUCUUUUUGUUGUUGUUGUUUUCUUUGAGAAUGAUUUGAAGGAUUUCUGUGAACAAAGACCUGUCCCCGUUUACUAGCUGAGCCGCUGAGCCGAGACGCAGUGAAACAUCUGCUGGGAUUCUCACGUCCACAGCCCCGCCCAGAGGUUUACAUACUCUUGAUCGGAAUGAAUGUCAACUGAUUAACACAUUUGAACAUUCCUUAUUUUAAGCUGGACUGAUAAGAUAUAUAUAUAUAAACAUGAAUUUUUAAAAAAGGAAUAUGUUGUAUAAAACAAGAGUCAGAAUUGUUUUAUAUGUCUUGUUAAACACACCUUAGCAAGUUGUACUUGAACUCCACAUUUUCCCAAGCCAUGACAUUGUAUUUUCAUAAUUCUGUCUGAUUAUUGACCACUGGCUCUUUAAAUUGCUCAGUUUGCAUGAAGACUGCAGCAUACGUUAUAAAUCGGGCUAAAAUUGGGAGUGGUCAGCAAACAAUGCUAGCCUGCUUUAACUAUUCUGAAACCAGUUUUGAACGUUUAUAAUUGGUUGCUUCCAACAGGAUAACCGAUUUUUGUAACCAUCUAGCAGAAUCACUGACAUCAAAACAUUUGCCCAACAUGAUGUGUAGCAGUUGGUGCAGUUUUCUUAAUUUUACAAGCAUCACCUUGAAUCCUCCAAUCAAUCUUGCUAAUCUUUACUUGAAGAAAUGUAAGGCCAUGCAGUAGAACUUCAGCCAUUGUGGUUUCUGGGUUGUUCCAGAAGAUUCUAACCAAUUUCUCCUCAUUCAACGAAUAGCUGGACAUUAAGACACAGUUGGGUGUCCCAAACUCACGUAACAUCUAGCUCUGGAGUACAACUGCCCACCAUUGCGCGUCUGGAUUGGCCCUGACAAUAUGCAUAUUCAAACCUUACAUUUCGGACCGCAUCAAGAUGAUGAAUGUUCUCAAAGGGGCUGUAGAACGGCUUAUGUAAUAAUAAAAAUAUCAGUAAAAAAAUGUAAUAAUUUUAAGAUCUUUUCACAGAUGUAAUUUGGUCCUAUACAAAGAAAAACUGAUUUUAGUCGACUGAUAAAAUAGUACACAGCUUAUCUUAAAGUUCAGUUUACGUGGGUCUAUUUUUUUUUAUUUACUCUAAUUUAAGAGUUAUAGAUAUUUAAUUCAUCAUCUAAACUCCCUUAUUUGACAUUCAUGCUGAUUAGUGUAUUCAACCGUCUUCACUCACAAUCACUAAAACACACGCCGACAAUAUAAAGAGAUUAUUAUUGAAACUAAACAAAUCCUAUGCUGUUUGCUUUUUUCAACCCUGUACAUAUCUAGAAUGUUUUUGUAAUAGCAGUGAUUUUCUUUCAUCCAAUCAUCAUCAUUAUCACAGGAGAGCAGAGUUUACUCUGACCCAGCAGGAGUGUUUCACCAUGUCGGCAUGCGAGGCGGCCCGGCGGUAUCUCUAACCUCCCUCAUCUGGAGCCCUUUGCUUUGUUUGAGCUCCACGCGACGCUACAGGAGCCAUGACUACUCUUCAGGUGUGACGUCGCUUAAUGAUCCCCAAAACCCCCCUAUCUAUUUUUUGUUUUCUUCUUCUUUAAAUCGCUAUAUAAAUGUUCCACAUAAAGAGCUUCUGGGUCUUAAUUAUGCUGUAAAGUCACCCCUGUUAUCACCACACUGUUGCUGGAGAGAGGAAUCAGGAGAGCGUGUGGGGCAUUAAAGACAUCAAUCAUCCCUGCUGGCAAGGUCUGUCCCCAUGACAAGACAAUGAAAAUAUUAUUUAAGACAAUCAAGUCACGAGUGGAGCUCACAACAAAGUAAGAAUUAUUACAACAAAAAACUAUCUUACCAUCUCAACUUGAAAAAAAAAAUCAAGAAAGAUAAUUAUGUAAAUAUAACAUAGAGUUAUAGAUUUAUAUUUUGUUCAUAACACAGUGUAAUAUAAGUUGUAUAUUUCUUUUUUUUUUUUUUGGUUUUCUCUCCCUACUGUCUCUUUUAUUGAUGUUUAUUCAUGCCACAGAAAAGUGGAGUCGCAGUACUCUCUCAAAAAAAAUGAAAAAAAUAUCAACGAAAUAAAGAAAAAGAGGAAAAACAACAAAAAAAAUCCGUGGGCUGCCACCACCAUCUGUUCUGAGUUCACUUUUUUUUUUCAGUAUUACUGCCAGACGAGGCUCUAAUAAAGACAGCAAUGUGUUGAGUAAAA